AUGAUUGCGCAGUCAUAUUCUAUCCCCGAGGGGACGUCAUUUUCCGCCAAUAGUGGCGGUCAGGGGAACAGCGACAUCACUGUUAUCGUUUCCUUCGAUGGGCAACCGGGAUUCGGAGGCAGGCCUCCGACAAUUGGACAAGGCAGCAAUGGCAUCGAAGGACAGCUGGGGAGCGAAAAACAACAGGGUGGCCAAAGGCAGAAGGAAACGGGACAGCAAGGCACUGGGGAGGUGCCGAGCAUUGAUGAGCAACAGGACUUCGAACGGCAGCGACCCUCCAUGGGAGCUAACGGUCCCGAUGGUCAAUGUCCCUGUACGUGUUCGUGCCCAUCCGAUGCAUUCAGCCAACCACAGGGCCCAAUAAGUAGCGGUGGUAUCGGAGAAGCAUCAACGUCAGAGUCAAUUCUCGCGAGCUCCUCCGGGGCUGAAACUACAACGGCAAUCGUUCCAAUAUCUCCGAUCAAUUCUGGGCUUGAUAUUCCCCCAGCGAUAACAUCUCCUAUUCUAGCAACCCCCACUGAACCGUCGAUACCUCUACCCGACCCCCCCGGAGUCUCAGAAACACUCGAAUUGGAGUCACCGGCCCCAGUAAACUCAGCGGGCCCUAACCUUGCUGCACCUAUGGAAACUCUGUCCCCUUCUAUGAGCCCCAGCACGCUGUCUACGGCGCCCACAUCGACUGAUGAAACCAGUAUUGAGACCAGCACACCAACAUUGCCAGUAUCUGAAGGGGAAAUUGAUAUUGCCUCUCUGCAACUUCAAAGCACUUUGGUUUUUAGCCUGGGAGGAUGA